GCUUCCUAAAGGAGGUGGAGUCUGAGGUGGGGAGGGAGAAGAAAGGAGCGUAGGGAAAAGGAGCAAAAGGCAAACAACGGAAACGGAGAACGGCGGAGCAUUUGCCUGAAUUUAAAUUAAACAAGAAUAUAGUUGCUGAGAGAAAAGAAGAAGAAAUCAAGAUGAUAACGCCCUACUUCCUAGAGAAUUUCUGGGGUGAAAAAAACAAUGGAUUUGAUGUUCUCUACCAUAACAUGAAACAUGGCCAAAUCUCCUCCAAGGAACUUACUGAUUUCAUCAGAGAAAGGGCUACCAUAGAAGAGGUCUAUGCCAGGUCAAUGACCAAACUUGCCAAGUCAGCUGGCAACUUCUCUCAGCUUGGGACAUUUGCCCCGGUGUGGGAUGUGUUUAAGAUGUCCACAGAGAAGCUGGCCAGCUGCCACCUGGAGCUAGUGAGGAAGCUACAGGAGCUUAUCAAAGAUGUGCAGAAGUAUGUGGACGACCAGGCCAAGGUCCACAAAAAGACGAAGGAGGAGGUGGCAUCCACUAAUGGGGCAGUACAGACCAUCCAGACAACCGGGGUGGCCUUACAGAAGUCCAAGGAGAACUACAACGCCAAAACUGUGGAUCAGGAGAGACUCCGCAAGGAGGGAGCCACACAGAGAGAAGUGGACAAGGCGGGAGUGAAGGCCAAGAAAGCCACAGAAGCCUACAAGGGCCUUGUGGAGAAAUACGCCACAGCCAAGUCCGAGUUUGAACAGAAGAUGGCUGAAACUGCGCAGAAAUUUCAGAACAUCGAGGAGAGCCACAUCGUUCACAUGAAGGACAUCAUUCAGUCGUACGCACAAUCUGUUGACGAGACACACGUUCAGAUCGGAGAGGUCCAUACAGAGUUUUUGGGGAACAUGGAGAACACCUCUGUGGAGGGCUUGAUACAGAAACUGUCUGAAAGUAAAGGAACGGGCAAAGAGAGACCAGGUCCUAUUGAGUUUGAGGAGUGCAACACUGCCAUCGCCACUGAAGGAGCCAAACCCAGAAAGAGAAAAACAUAUGCGUUCCCUGGCCGCCGGAAAGACAACAAGGACACAGACUCCACGGAGUCGACAGAAGUUGAAGCUGCUAAUAAUGCCAACGGAGCUCCUCCUGGGUACUAUGGCACCAUAGACUUCCAGAACGCUAAUGUCCCCACGGUUGACGAAGAUGGCUUCUGUAUCAGACCGGAAGACCGUAACGAAAAUGAUGCCAAAGAGAACUCGUUCUAUUCAUCGAGUGACUCGGAGGACGAGGAUGAACCCAGGAAGUUCCGCGUGGAGAUCAAGCCGGUGGCGCCCAACAACGGGACGCACCAGAGCCGAGCCACCAUCGACGAACUCAAGGCCUCCAUCGGAAACAUCAGCCUGUCGCCACCAACCACGGGUCAGAUGCGAAGGAAUCAAUCCAGGCUUUUAGGAGUGUAUUCCACCCCAGGGUUAGGCUCUCAGAUGCCAGGCGAUGAGUUGGGAAAGACCAGGAUUCCAGCGUCUUUCAACGACAGUAGGCCUGCUUUCAAUAAUGACCUUCUCUCUCUGGAUCCUUUCGGCCCGACCCUGGGAGGCUCCUCCUCAUCGACAGAGAGCUCUUCCGGAAUGUCAUUCUGCCCCACCCUGGACUCUCCGGCGCCCCUCACAGCUGAAGUGAUGUUACAACGGGAGCUCUCCUCUCCCCCACUGGCAGACAGCCUGCAGACCAAAGGAGAGGUCACCCCUCUCCCUCCCCUCGCCUCCACCACCACUAAUACCUUCUCUCCAUGGGAGGCCUCACCGGACGACCCCUUCCUGGCUCUGAAGCCCAUCCCAGCCCGGGCCCAGAGUGCCCCCAUCACCCGGCAGGCUGAGCCCCUAGACCCCCAGGAUCCAACCCCAACCCCUGCAGCCCCAGCCAGGCUCCCUCAGGGAGAGGACCAGUCAGCAUUCUCCUGGUCCCAGAGCCAGUGGAUAGCCUUCAACGAUGACUUUGUGCCAUUCCGACGCCAACAGAGUUGCGGUCCUGGUACGAUCAAACCCUCUACCAGCAGGACCCAGUCUAACCCUCCUAUUGGCAGGGUCCAGUCUGGCCGGUCCAUCCGUUUCUUCUCUGAGGACCCCACUGACCCCUAUAACAAGAUGCCGCUGAGCAGUGGGGUUGUGGAGGACAGCGCCUCCUGUGUCUCGGAGGUGUUAUCAGCACUGACAGAGGGGAUGGUAGCCUCAGCAGCUAGCCAAACAAACAACGUGCCUGCCCUGGCCAGACCCAAUACUCCUCUAGCUGGAGCCCUGGUUCCUCCUCCACGACCCUCCUCCAGACCCAAACUACCCACAGGAAAACUCACAGGAAUCACUGAAAUUGUGCGGCCGUUCAGCCCGCCAAAGACGUUGUCCAACGCCAGUCUUCCUCUGGCUGCUCCCCUCGCCCGGGCAGAGAGCUCCUCCUCCCUGUCCUCCACCGCCUCCCUCAGUGCCUCCAACACACCCACCGUGGGGUCUGAGCAUACCUUUCGUCUCUCCCGCUCCUCUCCGGAACCAGAGUUCCUCCUUUCUCCCUCUCCUCUGUUUCUCCUCAGCCAAAAGGAUGAUGGUUUCAUUGGGAAGCUGCCCACCUUUGAGAAGCGCUGUGAAACGCCUGCAGGGACAUCUCGCGGUCCCAGCCCGGUGACCCUGGCAUCCCAGGAUGCCUUGCCCAUCGCUGUGGCCUUCACAGAGUCUGUUAAUGCCUACUUCAAAGGAGCUGAUCCCACUAAGUGCAUAGUAAAGAUCACUGGUGACAUGACCCUGUCCUUCCCCAUGGGUAUCAUCAAGGUGUUCACCAGUAACCCCUCCCCUGCCGUGCUCACCUUCAAACUGAAGAGCACGUCCAAACUGGAGCAGAUCCUCCCCAACCAGACACUACUGUUCAGUGAUCCCUCGCAAAGUGACACUAAUACCAAGGACUUUUGGUUCAACAUGCAAGCUCUCACAUCCUACCUCAGGAAAGCAUCAGAGCAGAACCCUGCUGCAUCCUACUACAAUGUGGACAUCCUCAAAUACCAGGUGUCCUCUAAUGGGAUCCAGUCCACCCCUCUGAACCUGGCAGUGUACUGGAAGUGUACCCCUACCACCACUGACCUGAGGCUGGACUACCGUUACAAUCCAGAGUCCAUGCUCUGCCCCGGCCCUCUUUCCAACGUACAGGUCCUAGUGCCUGUAGACGGAGAGGUCAUCAACAUGCAGUCCCUGCCCAAUGCUGUCUGGAACUCAGAGCUGAAUAAGUCUCUAUGGAAGCUGAGUGAUAUCUCAGAGAAGUCUGAUAAUGAAGGCUCGGGGUCUCUGAGGGCUAAGUUUGAGCUGUCGGACGGCCCUUCCACCCCAACCACCCUGGCUGUGCAGUUUAUGAGCGAGGGGAGCACGCUGUCAGGGGUGGACAUGGAGCUGUUGGGAGCCGGGUACAGACUGUCCCUCAACAAGAAGAGGUUUGCCACAGGUCGUUACAUGGCAGACUGUUGAGUAGGCACACCGGCCUGGACCCCCAAGCACAACGGCUCUAUUGAAAGUUUUUAUUUUCAAUAGUUUAGUCUUUUUUGUCAUAUUUAUGUAAAGGGAGGGUUAGAGGGGGGAGGUGCAAGCGAAUACAACAGGUUUUUGUGACACAUCCAGACAUUUUGUAAACCGUCUUAAUAUUAUGUCCCAAUGGACCAGUCUGUCCCCAGGAAGAGAGAAGAGAGCUUCUUACUGCAGUAAAGCAGCACUGAGUAUUGAACACUGUUUUUUUUAAAUAAUACAAUUAAAAUAAACAUUGGGCUGUCAGGAAAUGUAAAGGUAUAGAUAUUGAGAAGUGUAAUGCUUUCUGAUUUAAUUCAGACUUUUAUAAAGUCAGAAUCGUAGUGUUUUGUUAUGUAUAGGUGACAAUGUAUGGCUUAUAUAUAAAUAUAUAUAUAUUAUAUCAACAACAACAAAAAAAUGGGGAAAAAUUCUGCACUAACAAUCUUUCCGGACAUUUUAUUUUCUCCUUUGUAAAUGUUCUGUUUAUUCCACUGAAGCUCUUGAGUAACAAAGAUUUUGUGUAAAACAGUGAGAAGAGAAGAUGUGAGAAGAGGAGUGGAAAGGCCAAACUAUCUUCCCUCACCCCCCUCUCCUUCUCUUCUCCAGUCGAAAUACGGUCGCUGAGUAUUGUACUUUGCAAGACUUAACUCGAGAUCUCUUUUUACAGAUUUUUUUUUUUCUGGGCUGUUUCUAUUCUGAUUGUGUGCAAUGAAGAAAUUUAAGUAGAAGCUGUCUUAAACUAAACACCUUCUCUAAAACUGUCAUAGCACAAGCUUAAUUGGUUGUAUGUUGCUUCAGACAACCAUACAAAGUACAUUUUAAGUUUUCUCGUUCAAAGGCAAAAAACAAUUUGUGUGCUGCACGUUUCGUCACAAUAUUGUUUUGAACAUUGGUUUUAGGACUGAUGCCCGACUGAUCAUUCCACUCAAUGCAUUGUCAAUUGGUGCUGAUGAAUAUUUAAUCAAAAGUGCAUUACAGUGGCUUGGAAAUAUAAUUACAUUACUAAAGAAGGAAAAUAAUUAGUAGGAAAACCUUUUGUCAACAUUUUGAUCUUGCUAUAUUGACUUGCCAUAUUGACUAGGUGCAGUGUAAUGUUUGCUGGCUAGCUAAGAUUGAGGAACUGUGCUAAGUAAUAACAACAUUUCCAUCUGCAUAAAGUACAUUUGACAACAUCAUAAUGAUGGCAAAGUUGUUUCUUACUAAAUAUUUGCCUACUUUAGAAAUGUCAUCGUAUUUCCAUGCCACUAUAGUGUAAUUUAGACAAAACAGUCAUUAGCCUACAUUCUACUUUUGGAUAUCAAUAUGGCUGUGACGUCUAGAACAUUGAUAACAAUGGCAAUGACACGGCCAAGUGACAGGCGCAACCCAUACUGAACUGACCUCAGUGCCUCUUCUUACUGUGGAUAAAUUCAUUGAGAAACGUGCCUAUCUUUUCUUUCUGCCCUUUUGUAUGUUAAAAAACACAGCUAACAAAAAAGAAAGCACUAAUCUUGUGCCAGUUGUUGUUUUAUAAUAGUACUGUUUUUGGACAUUGAAAGGAAAAUGCCUCCAGUUUCUACACCAGUCAAACCCAAAGGCAUCUGUCUUCCAGAAACCACUGAUCCAGUGGACUCACUGUCUCAGUUCACUCUUUGCUACGAUGUCAUCUUUGAAAGUCUUUUCUAUCUGGGGUAUUUUUCUUCUCUUUGAUCAGAGAGAGAUCUUUGUUCCCAAAAAGCCUUCUGUCCAUUUAAGAGCACUGGACAGCCUACUGACCUAGCUUCAUAAUCAAAAUCAGGCCAAAUCAAUUCUAGAAAUGCCUUAAGAAAAUAUACCUUGACGUCUGUUGAUGACGGUAAUAAAAUGCUACCCAGUUGGGAUAGGUUACAUACUGUAACUGCCAUAUUUGCCUGUGAGGAGAGAGACAGACAAAGGUUCUUGGUGCUGACUCGAUGUCAUACUGAGUGAUUCAUUCUUGCCUUAUAUACCAAGGGAGGACCAGUAUCUAGAUGGGCUACAUCUCCUAGAUGGAGGGAUAUGCAUGCACGUUAUGUAGCAGUUAGUUCUAUCAAUAUCACAAACAUGUUUUUGUAUGCCUUUUUCAUCCAAUGCCUCCUCCCCAAAACCAUUGUUUUGACAUAGGUAAAUGAUCAGUACUGUAAUGUCAUUACAAACAUUGAUAAUGGGCACAUCAGCAACACUGUGAUAGUGGACUAUUUUCUAAAGGCCCCUCUAGGCAUUGUAGGUUACUUCAAUACUAGAUUUGUACUGUUACUGUCCAUCCUGUAUGUGGCCAUCUGACCACUGUAUCCUUGUAGACACCUGGUCUUUGGAACAGUUAGGCUUUGAUACUGUUAGCGUUCUUGCUGCUUCUGAAAUGACAGCCUAUCCCCCACAGUAUAUAGUUCAAUUAUUUUGUUUAAUAGUAGUGCACUAUGGAAUAGUGUACCAUUUCAGAGGCACUAUGAGUAGAUCUGGUUAAUCCAAGCCUUUCGCUUACUUGUAUAAAAAGAUGCCUUUCGUCACAUCGCAUCGCUUACUAGUUAAUAUGUGAUCCGCCUAUAGAGAUAGAUAGGACUCAUCUCCAUAUAUCCAUCUAGACUCCUCUCUAUCUAUCUCUAUGUAUCUCUGUAUCCAACCUAUCCUCAAAAUGAAACUGUUCAGUACAACAACAAAAUAGUUAGUCCAUGUGGCCACAGAAUUGAAUAACUAUGAGAAAGAAGUAAUUAUUGUUUAACAAUGUUGAUGUUUAAAAUAUUAUUUGUUUUGUACCACAGUACGAUUCGGUCAAGAUUUCGUUUUGUAAGGGCAUGGAUUCAUCUGAAUCACCACUGUUUUAUUGGAAAUUUUAAAAUUGUAUGUAAAAAAAAAAAAAAAUUAAGAUUAGAUUUGCAACCUUCAGUAGCAU